CACAGCGUGCCAUUAGGAUUUCGUACAUCUCAGCAAACUUUCAAAAACUCAAGCCUUCAAAAAGUGCAUGAAGUCAAGCGCAAAAACGGUAAACAGGUGAUCAUCAAGUGAAUGCUGUCAGCUGAAAUUUCCAUUGCGAGAAGAUCUAUUUAGUAUUUCCCAUGAUGGCAGAACAUGGUGACCCUUGCACUGGGUCAGAAGCCAACUUUUGCAUGAAUGGAGGAACAUGCUUUAAAAUACCCUCGGUGUCUACUCCCACAUGUGUCUGCAGUGCGAACUAUGAGGGCAGCAGAUGUGAGCAGUUCCAGCUGUUCAGUUUCUCACGGGACAGUGAGGAGACGGGCAUGAUCGCUGCAGUGGUCAUCAUCGCCCUCCUCAUCCUAGUGGUGCUCGGUUUGGUCAUCUACUACAGCUGCAAAAUAAAGAGAAACGCCCGGAGUCAACCAAAGCCUGAGGAGUACUGGAGAGUCAAAUCAAGCAGUCAGCCGGUGUGACUCGACUUUUGAAACAGAUGCAUGUGAACUCGACAUUGGUGUUUGAAAGAGGCUUUGACGUUGUGGACAACUCCAUUAUGAUUGAUGACAACUUUACCUUGUAACAUCGCCCCCUUGUGGAGGUCUUGGACUCAAUGUGAAAAUUUGUCAAGUGCACAGUAGCUCAACUUGCCAGCUACUCUCAAAAUAUCUUUCUUAAUGUUCAUAGAUUUUGUAAAUAGUUCUGUCAAU